AUGUCACCAGCUAGCCAAGAUCUCUCGGUCGUUGGUGUCGAAUGUCUAGAACUCUUGGAUGCGACGACGCGUGAGGAUUUCUCCAGACGUCCUGGCCAGCAGACCCAAUAUGCUCUGCAAGAAUUGCUUUCGCGUUAUCGCUCUUGGGGUGGAAACAUCGGAGCCUUCCAACCGUACACCAUUCGUACGUCACUGUCUUAUCGUCUAAGAGAGGCGCCGGCGUUACAUGCCAAAUUCCUGGAGCACCUGGGAGAUUUGCAAGAGGAUGUCUCUGACCUCCUGAUAAUACUGACCGCCACAACGAAAAACGAUGGUGGUAGCAAGCCCAGGCCAAGCGAACAACUGGCCGCUACCCUAGCCAAGGACUACAGGCUAGGUUCGGACGAUGUUCAAGAGCUACUCCAGGCAAUUAGUGAGGAUAUCGUAGCCUUAUUCAGAUUGUCCGUACUGGCAAGGAAGUCGUCUUUGCGAGAUAGAUACGCCAUGGCGCUUGCUCGAACUGAGCCUCCUUCGCCUGCGGAAGAGGUCGCAGAGAUGGAUGCUAUUGUCGAGCAGCAGCCAUGGCUCAAACAACCUGCACUACUUUGGCUUCGACAGCGGCUUGCGUUGGCAAACAAUUCACGAAGACGCUUCAUGAGCUAUUGCACCCAACAUCAAGCUCACCUGCGCGGUAAUGCCCUGCCCUCAAGUCCAUUCGGCUAUCAGCCAUUGGUCGGAGCAAUAUCCAUGGAGGUACUGGACGCUUCGGAAGAUGCAUCCACCGGCUUUGCUGAGACAUCAGCGUCUACUACGAAUGACGUUCUGUUCCAGCGGCUUGCAUCCACUGAUGCUGACAUCGACGACCGAGCAUCAGAGGUUUCGUACGUCUCCUACACCAAUGAAAGCACAACACUAAGCUCCCAUCUUGAUGUUCCAAGCUUUUAUGACGUGAAGGGAGAGCAGCCGGUCUUCACAUGUCCGAUUUGCAGAUCUGAUGUCGACUGUGCGACGUCUCGCAGCUGGAGACGCCACGUAUUUUCGGAUCUGCGAGCAUAUGUCUGCACUUUCAAAGAUUGUCGACUGCGCAUUUUUAGUGACUCUGAAACCUGGAUGCAGCAUGAAACUACGGAGCAUUAUACCUUUUGGGCUUGCCCCUAUUGUGCAAACAAGGAGCCUUUCCACUCGAAAACAGACUUGUCAGCGCAUGUCCUACAAGCUCAUGGUUCAUCGGCUGAUCUAAGCUCUAUCGAGCAGCUAGUCCAAGCUGGACGGUAUUGUUCCGAUACGAUCGCUGCUUCAGCAUGUCAGUUCUGUAAUUGGCCUGCGAAGAUCCGGGAUAUCGACCGUUCCGCGCCACGAGAUGGUGAAAUACUGGUCCCACUGGCCCGUUAUCGUAGGCACGUUCGCGUCCACCUGGAACAAGUUGCAUUGUUAGUCACAGAUAAGCAGCUCAAAGAUGCGAACGAAGUGGAAUCGCCUACCUCCUCGGAGUGUGACCCGGACGAAAUCUUCAUUGCCGUCAUAGGCGAAACCGGCGUUGGCAAAAGCAGUUUCAUCUCGUUACUGACUAAUGAUGACGAGGUUACCAUUGGUCAUAGCCUGACCUCGCAAACAGCCAGUAUUAGCGUACACCUCUGUGCUUAUGAUCAUGGACCUAAAGUCUAUCUGAUCGAUACGCCAGGCUUCAAUGACACUACGAGGACUGAUACAGGAGUUCUUCUUGAGUUGGCCGCUUGGUUAGCAUCUACUUAUCAAAUAGACAUGAAGCUCAGUGGUAUAUUCUACUUGCACCCGAUCAGUAGUCCUCGGUUUACAGGGUCCUCGCUACGACAAAUGAAACUUUUCCGGGCACUGUGCGGCCUGGAAGCCGAAAGUCAUGUUGCAUUGGUGACUACGAAGUGGGAUCUGGUUGACCAUCAACAAGGAGAGUUGCGAGAGCACGAGCUCGUGACCAAACCAUACUUCUGGGGCGAUAUGUUCGCGCAGGGUAGCCGGAUUGCUCGCCACGAUAACACGAGAGCAUCGGCUUCUCGUAUCUUAGCUGCCACAGUGGCGCAAACCAAGACCACCUUGAAAUUGCAACGUGAGCUGGUGGACGAGCAGAUGCUGUUGCGGGACACCGAGGCUGGUCAAGUUAUGGCUGAGGACUUAUCACGUUUGCAGAACGGAUAUGACAGCGAAUUAGCCGAGAUCCAGCAUGACCUCGCAGUAGCGCGGGAGGUGCACGAUCAGUCUACUAGAGACACGGAGCACGAGGAUCUACUACUUCAUGCGCUCUCCCGCACGUCUUUGGAUCUCAAUCGACGCCGGAAGGAGGUCUCCACCGAGAUGCGAAGGCUGCAUGUGACGAAAGAUGAGCUCCUAGAUCAAUACAGAACACGAAUAGCGCAGCUCGAGGACGAGAAAGCGAACAUGUCUAAAGAGAACGCGGAGCUUCGAGUGAGGCUUGCUGCUGCGAGCGUCAACCUGUGA